UUCAGAUACUUCGCCAAGAGCCGCUUUAGGCUUGAUAGAAACUUCGGAUUUCUAAUGGAGAGAGAACUGAGAACCUGAUGAAUCUUUGUCUCUGUGGUUUUGUCUAAAGAUGGCUGGGAAUAACAGUUGCUACCAUGACCAGCCUAUGGGCUUUUUCUACAAAAACAGAAACAUAAGCUUGAAUGAUUGGGAAAAAACGCAGCUCAUCCUGGUUCAAUGUGCUGGAUCCAUCUGCUGUUGCUUCAUCUUAAUGGCCAAUGCCAUGGUCAUCACAGCAGUGAUCACCAACAGGAGGUUUCACUACCCUUUCUACUAUCUCCUCGCCAACCUAGCUGCCUCAGACUUUCUCGCUGGUAUCGCUUAUGUGUAUCUCAUGUUCAACACAGGGAAAAUAUCUCCCGAACUGACCGUGCAAGGCUACUUCUUUCGGCAGGGUUUGCUGGACACAAGUCUCUCUGCAUCAUUAACCAACCUCCUGGUGAUCGCCCUCGAGCGCUACAUCUCAGUCAUGAACUGGAAAGUUCACAGUAACCUUACCAAACGUAGGGUGACCCUACUGAUUGCCCUAGUGUGGGGUUUCUCUAUAUUCAUGGGCGCAGUGCCUAGUUUGGGCUGGAAUUGUAUUUGUAGUCUGGACCUGUGCUCAAAGCUGGCACCCAUCUUUAGCCGGAGCUAUCUAAUCUUCUGGUCUGUGUCCAACUUGUUGCUUUUUCUCAUUAUGGUGUCCAUAUACUUGAGGAUAUACAUCUAUGUGAUGAGGAAAACAGCGCUCAUGAAGACACACACCACUGGAGCUAUAAAUCGCAAAAGGACGCCGAUCAAGCUGAUCAAAACUGUGAUGACUGUACUGGGAGCGUUUGUGAUCUGUUGGACCCCAGGACUCGUGGUUCUGCUCAUGGAUGGACUUAACUGUGAGCGAUGCAACGUCCUGAAGUUCAAACGUUGGCUGCUGCUUCUCGCCGUCCUCAACUCUGUCAUGAACCCAACCAUCUACUCUUGCAGAGAUGAAGAGAUGUGGACCACCAUUAAGAACCUCAUGCGUUGUGUUUGCAAUGGAACCAGACGACAGAGGUCGUCCAAGGCCAACAUUCAAAGAGGAUCAGGUCGGGAUACCAGCACCAGCCUCAAAGAGAGUCCAACAGAGGACAGCAAGGUCUCCACAUAGGAGAUUUUGAAGUCUUGAAGCCCCCCCAGACAGUAUUUUGACUCUAUGAAGGCCACGUGGCCAAUUUCAAUAACAUACCGUGGCAUUGCUCUGAAAUUCUCCUCCAUUCUUCUCUCAGAGAUGAGGGGUUGUAAUUUUUUGAAUGGUUAAAACACUUAAAAUGUACUUGUAUCCCAUCUUUAUUUGCAGAGUCAGCUAGCUAUAAGUAAGCUAUUUGAAAGUUGACUUUCUGAAAGUUUGAACACUGUGGCACCGUCAAAACAUCCCUCCAUUUGUUUUGAGCAUCCCAACUGACUCAAAAUAGGAACAUUGGCUAAACCAAUGAUGUGAGUUCGGGGUGGAACUAUCUGUUUUGGCCGACCAAUAGCAGAUGAGGGGAGUAUUCCUGAAACCUGUUUGAAAUCAGUCAUUAUUUUUUCCUAUUACAUUUGGUGACACUAGUUCAACAGAAAUGAUGCUUCAACUUUAAGUUGGACUGGGAAUUUUAUCACAGGGUACAAAGUAAAUUUUUUUUUUACAUUUUUUUUGCCACUUUUAUUGAUUGGACAGUGGAGAGGUAAAAGGAAAUGACAGGGAGAACACAUCCAGUGUGAUUUGGAAAUUACACAAGCCAAACUGCAACUGGAGUUGCCCACAAGCGCCAUGUCAAAGCAUGAAUACAACACACCAGCACAUGUCCCCGAAGCACUUCUAAAGUUUUAUUUUACCUCAAUAAUUCAGCUUUUUCAGCAUAUCAAUUUGUAUGCUCUACUGGCAUAACAUCUGUGUGAAUUUGUUAAUUUACCUUUCACUGUAAAUAUACUGUACUGUAUUUGGCAAGUCUUGAAAAAAAGUCUUGAAGUCUUGCAAUCUUUUGAAAUCACAUCAUGUAUGUAGUAUGUAAAUCAUUCUUAUGUUGUAGAUAUUAAUGUAAAAAAAUGUGUAGUAGCCUAUACUGUCAAUAACAUACUGUAUAUUUGAGAGAGUUUUGUCAAUACAGAAGAAAUUAAUUACAAAAACGCUUUAGAAUGCAUAUGCAUUUCAAAAGGAAUUGUGAGAAUGUUUUUUUUUUGUUAAAUAAACGAUUUGUUUAUAGUAAAUCACAAUCACGAUAAACGUGGUCUAUUUAUGUAGUGAAUAAAUUGGACUAUGUACAUUAUACACACACAGAUAUUGCUGUUGUCUUUAUGCCGUUUUAUAUGUAAAGACCUAAGACUUAUUGUUGUACAGUUAGUCUAUUAACUGAUUUAUAAAGGUUUUUAUAAACCUGCCUAACAAUUUAAUUUAAAAUGAAAUAUUUAAAAUAAAUUUUAAAUUCAAAGGCAGAGGAAAAAAUAAAACAUAGGUUCAUCUAUGUGUUGAACUGUCACUUUGGGGCUAUUCAAAUGAGUGCUUUUUGUUUUUCUAUGUAAACAUGGUAGACAUACAUGUUUGACAAUGUAUUUAUUUAUUUUUUUACUAUUUUGGCUAUUCGAGACAUUUGCGUUUUGUUCUAUUCAUUGCAUUGCAUCUAGCUUUUUUAAGAGCCUCUCACAGGAUAUACGCCAUGUAUAUUUAAAAAGAACUUACAUUUUCAAAAUCACUAUUCUGGACACCUGUGUUUUGUUGUAUUCGUUGCAUUGCAUCUGGCUUUUUUUAAGCGGCACACACGGGAAUGUCACAUUUUUAUAUGCGUUUGCAUUGAGUCAUAAAAACUGCUUUCUUCUCUUUAAAUCUUCGACUGGCUGGAUACACACACCCCACCCUAUCUAAUGCAAUUUUUUUUGUGGCACAACUGCUCACCUGAGUUCCACAGCCGUGCUAUUGGAGUUGCGACACCGGUUAAUUCCAAGUGUGCAAGCCUGCAGCAAUAUGAUGAAACAACUAGAGUCUUAGUUCUGAUGGUGUACCUUGGAAAACCAGCUUUUCCUGAUAACACUGGCAAAACCUUUGCAUACAAUAUGCCUUAAACUACCUGUUUAUUGUUGGUCCUUAUGUGAUUUGUUUGAGAAUGUCACGUAUUCAAGCCUAAAAAGGAUGAUUUUAUACUUCCGGUGUGGGCACCAUUUCUGCAAAGAUAAAUGUCAGCUUAACCCUAAUGGCAUUGGGAUUUUGUUUGAGUGUUGUACUGGUCUAAUGUGAUUGGUAUUUCAAAAGUCCAUAAAAUAAAUCUUUUUAAAUUAUUUAAAUAAUUUUUUUAAUCAUGAAACAAAUAGUGAAGUGCUGGACUGGAAAUAAUUCCCUUUAGAAAGGUUUACUUAUGUACAUAUGUCACUCUGUUUGAAGUGUAUUAACUUGAAAUGUAUUAACGGGCACGUUUUACCUUAUUAUUUUCCACUUUUGUAUCUCUAAGAUUGUUUCAAGCUUUGAAAGUGCUGUUUCAGUCUAGAUGGUCCCAUAUACUGAUGUAUCAAUUAAAUCCCGAGUAAGAAAGUCUGUGUGGAGGUUCAAAUUUAUUUACAAACUCCGGCAAAGGAACCUGUUCCCUUUUUGAAACACUGUUCCAUAUGUGCUUGUGAAAAGAAAACCACAA